CGACAGCACGUGAACGCAGCAUGUCGUCUGCUGCGGUCAGCUGACUAUAAACCGUCAUGUGUCGGAUCCUCUGGGAAGAGAGUGAAUAACAACCUGGGCGAACACACAAAAAAACAACUCAGUGCUCCUUUGUGCCGGGGUGUUUGUCCCAUUCAUUCUCUCCCAGCAUGGCUUGGACGAAAUAUCAGCUGUUCCUGGCGGGACUUAUGCUCACAACUGGAUCCAUUAACACAUUAUCGGCGAAAUGGGCUGACAUGUUCUCAGCAAAGGGCUGCAAUGAUGACCCUGAACACAAGUUCUCUCAUCCAUUCUUACAGGCGGUGGGGAUGUUUCUGGGUGAGUUAAGCUGUUUGGCAGUCUUCUACAUUUUAAUUUGCCAUGACAGACGCCGUCCAGAGCCAAAGAUGAACCCGGGCCAGAGCUUCAACCCUCUGCUCUUCUUCCCACCUGCCAUGUGUGACAUGACUGCCACCUCCCUCAUGUAUGUUGCUCUCAACAUGACGAGCGCCUCCAGCUUCCAGAUGCUGCGUGGAGCUGUGAUCAUCUUCACCGGUCUGCUCUCGGUUGCGUUCCUCGGAAGACGCCUGCUACCUAGUCAGUGGUUGGGCAUCUGCAUCACUAUCCUGGGUCUGGUUAUUGUGGGUCUUGCAGACUUCUUCAGCGGGCACAAAGAUGACGGGCAGAAACUUAGUGAUAUCAUCACAGGAGACCUUCUGAUCAUCAUGGCUCAGGUCAUUGUCUCGGUGCAGAUGGUCCUGGAGGAGAAAUUUGUCUAUAAACACGACGUCCAUCCUCUGCGGGCUGUUGGCACUGAAGGUUUCUUUGGGUUUGUCGUGCUAUCGCUGCUCCUCAUCCCGUUUUAUUUCAUCCACGUGGGCGACUUCAGUGACAACCCUCGGCAGGUCCUGGAGGACGCUCUGGAUGCCUUCUGUCAGAUCGGACACCAGCCUCUCAUCAUUCUGGCUCUGCUGGGAAACACGGUCAGCAUCGCCUUCUUCAACUUCGCCGGCAUCAGCGUCACCAAAGAGAUCAGUGCCACCACCCGCAUGGUGCUGGACAGCCUGCGCACACUCGUCAUCUGGGUGGUGAGCCUGGCUCUGGGCUGGGAGCAGUUUCAUGGCCUGCAGGUGCUCGGCUUCCUAGUGCUGCUGCUGGGAACAGCACUCUACAACGGACUGCACCGCCCUCUGAUGGCGAGGAUACCGUGCUGCGCCGGGAUGGUGAGCACAGAGGAGGAGAUCAGCCCAGGGGAGUCAGAGAGUCUGCUGGGAAAUGGCAGGGUGCAGGCAGCUGAUGACAGCUAAAACUCACCAAUAAGUACUGGACUGUCUGUCUGAGACACCAAACCUCUCACGUAUGCUGUUGGGCACAGUCUCCUUUUGAAUGUUUUUAUGUUUUCCCCCCCGAUUUUAACUGACUUCACACUUUUUUGGUACUUCACAUGGGAGUUUUUUUUCAGCUUUUUUAAAGGAACUGUACAACAUUUUGGGAAAAUGUACAGCCUGAAAUGUAAAACAAACAUCUGUUUAGACUUGUUACAAGGAAACCGAUAAACUCCAAAACUGUUAAGUGUUCCUUAACUAAACAGGGACCAUAAAGUGGAGUCUGGAAGAGCUUUUAAAAGCUUUAGUCUGUAAAAGAAAAUUGUUUAUUUUGAAUAGAAUAUUAGUUUUAGAAAACUUCUGCUUCUGAAAAAAACUGAAAUAAGUCACUUCAUGUGCUCCUGACUGUUUUAAAUAAAAAAUCUCAAACUGCCUUUGUGCUGAAGCACAGGAGCACAAGUUUGGGGUAAAACCAACUUUUUAAAGUUUUAUGCAGAUUCUUAAAAAACAAAUGAUUUUAUUAUCAGUUCAAAUGGUUGUGAAUACAAACGUUAUGCUCUGUGAUCUGUUUUGAGACUGGAUUUAUUUUUUUAAAUGUUGCAGAAUGAACAUUUGGAUUGUGCCAAAGUGUUUUCAUCAUCAUGGACUGAAUGCACUACAGAUCUGGGUCUCACUGAUGUUCAACAUUUCACUGACAAUCAAACAGCAGACUGAUAGCUUCCAUCUUGGUUUAAUUCAGAGUCUAAUGUGUUGCUGUUUUUAAAAGAAUGUGUCUGUUUGUUUUUUAAUGACACUUUGAUUCUCAGUAAUUGAUUUGUACAGAUGUAUAAAAAAUCAGAGCACCAGAUGUUUUGCUCUUGUUGUUGUUAAUCUCUUACUUUUAAGAGGUUUAGGAUGUUUGCUGUAACAUACAAUAAGAAAAAAGGGAACUGUCACUUAAUCACACUAGCUGAAUAAUGCAUUUUUAUGACGUCAAAUAAUGAUGAAGAGAGAGAUUUUAAAAAUACACAUCUGAAAUCUCACAAAAAGAAA